AUGUUGUGGAGGAUGAUGCAAGUCAUCAUAAUGCUCCGCAGCACCUCCUCAUCAAGCAUCCGAGCAGCACCCCUAAUAAUACCCCCAACGAGCUUGCAAGAUACCGAAACAUCUUUCCAUGUCUUUCCUGUAACCUUCUUGAAAGGUAGCAAAGCUUUUUUCCUUCUCGGAUUGGGGAUUCAGAAUUGUUUUCAUGAAUGUCGUCCAUCUAGGAUAAAUUUCAUCGGCAAGGUAGUACACACUAGAGUAUACGGUAUUGUUGAUUUGGUACGUAAUUUGGGGGGAAUGACCUCGCAAUACAUCCUCGAACACCGGGGAUUGACCAAGGACAUUGAGGUCAUUCUAAGAUUCGGCAACUCUGAAGAAUGCAUGCCAAACCCAACAAUCAAAUGA